UCGUGUGUGUUUCCUUUAUUAUUCUAGUUUGACGGCGCCUUUGUCGUUUCACUAUCUCCACAUAGCAUCAGUCAAGACUUCACAUUAUCGAAUAGAGCAGCUCAUAGCUGUGGCGCCAGUUGCCGUGGAAACGACACAUCAACAUGUCGGACGACCUCAACGAUUUCAUUCACUUACAGCGCGCUAAGUUGGAGAGAGAAAGACAGGAAUAUGCGACCAGCACACCAACAUUUGACGUCAAUCGAGACAGACAUGCUGACCAAUAUAAUGAAAACGAUGAGAGAAGGAAAAGUGACAAGCAGAAGCAGACUCAUUCUGUUUACUUUGCACACGGACCAGAAAGAGAGAGUUCUAGUUCACCUAGAAUGCCACUGGGCAACUACGAGAGAAAACAGAGACAACUAAGAGAAGAGAGAACACAAGACUACCAGCUCUUUCUACAACAACAACAACAACAACAACAACAACCACGAAGUGAAGGCCGACAUUAUGCUAAAGACAAUCACAAGACAAGUGGUACCACUCUCAUGCUUACAGACAGAACGGCUGAAAAAGAACGUCUCCGAGCUGAACGACAAGCAGAAUACAGAGCUUUUUUAGAGCAGAAACAGAAGACUGGCAGGAGAGGUGUUGACAACAGACAGCCGACAUUUACACCAAAUGACAGCACAAGACGACACGAGGAAUUGAGACAGAAAGAGACAUCAAUAAGUGAACGUCGUAGGCAUCUGGCUUCUUUGAGACGACAAGAAGAAGAAAAGUAUGAAAGACAGUAUUCUAAAAAUCAACACAACAGACGUGCUGUGAGGGAUGAUGUGAGGGACAGGGGGUCACGUGAUUAUGAUGGUUAUGAUGACAUUUUAGAGAGAAGAAGACAAGAGGAAAGGAGAUAUAGAUCACAACUGUAUGAUGAAGGGAAGGAUUAUAGUGAGACAUUCAAAGGACGAGAAGACAGGAAUACACAAGAUACGAUGACAAACAGAAGAUGGAGAGAAGAUGAUGAAUUAGAUAGAUGGGCACACAGUUUCAGUCGUCGUGGGCGUCGUCCUGCAUCCAUUGAAGACACUCGCUCGCCUAUUCAACACUCUCCAACUGACUACGGCUCUAAUCGAGAACUCCUGAAGUCACGCACUCACUCCGCUCCGACGUCUCCAUGGCAAGGCAAUGUGCAAAGUGUUGCAAUGUUAGGAGAGAAACCAUCACGUGACAUGUUAAGAGAAAGACAGCAAAGAUAUGCAGAAGAACUGAGGCAACAGAUAGCGGAAAAACGAGAAGUAAAUGCACGCAAUCGAACACACGACGAAGCUGCAAAGGACGAGAGGAAACCCGCGCCAAUAUUAAAGACAAGUAGAUGGUCUGAUGAUGAGUUUGAGUCUCGUGAUGUUCGAAAACGGAGAGAGAGGAGGCAGAGAAAGCUGCAAUAUGCUGACGAGUGGGGAUAUGACGAUGGAUAUGAUGUUGACAGUAGGAGAGACAGAGAGAGAGGCAGACGUAUGCCAAUGGACAGAGACUGGUUAGAUGAGUGGAGAUCAUCAAGAAAUCACAGUGAUGUUCCCAGUAAUCGUGGUGGUCGGGUUCGUUUUUCUGGUGAUGAUGAUGAUCGCAGGGAUCAACGGUGGAGGAUGAAGGAUGCUGAUGAUUAUUAUGGCAUUUCUUUGGAAGAUGACGUACCACGUCAGAAUUACAAGAGGAAAUAUGAUGGUGGAAGAUCUUUUGAGGAUGACAGUCACAGUCGUGUGAGUGGAAUACACACAGAAGAGAAGAAAACAACAGACAAGAGUGAAUACAGAAGACAACUAGAACAACAAAUGAGAGAAAAACAAGACAACAUAGACAAGCAGAAGAGAACGAGUCAAGAAUAUGAUCGUCGUAAGGAGGAAGAAAUUGCGAUUUAUGAUCCAUGGGGAAAGGCUGGUGCUGGAGCUCCAAUGAAGGAUAGGAGUGGGAGAGUGAUAACCGACUUGCGUAAAAUGAGGGCAAGUAACGAGCAACGCCUUACCAGUGGUGGUGGUAGUCCUGAUGAUACUUCUGGGCCUAGUGGAGCAUCACCUGGUGGAAGCCAGUCUAUACCAUCACACGUUGACUCACAGAUAAGCGUGCCAUUGUUGUCUGAUGCACGAAGGGAAGAAGGUUUUACCUCAGGCUAUUCAUAUGGAACAGACAGCAAACAAAAGGAGAUUACAGGUCAGAAUGAGAGUAAAACUCACGUCCUGACAGCUCAGGAGGAAUACAGAGAAUAUCUUAGAAAACAGGUUGAGGAGAAGGCAGCCCAACGUGCUAAAGAAGCAGAGGCUCAACGUUUGGAGCAAGAAAGAGAGGCAGCUAGGAUAGAACAGGAAAGAAUGAAGAUGAAGCAAGAAUAUGAGGCAGAACUAGAACAGCAGAGAAGGAAAGAAGAAGAUGUGAAGAGACAAAAUGAAGAAUUAAUGGCUCAGCAAGAAGCCAGACGGAAACAGAUGGAAACACAGAAGAGAACUUUGCCGCAUGACAGAAAACGUGACGUGAGACAGCAGGAGGCUGACCAUCAUACUACAUUACCAGUGGCAUUUGUUGCUACUAACGAAGUGGAUACCUCACCAAUACACACUACGUCUGCUUUCAACUCAAUGGAUGUUGUGAGGAAAUCUCCUCCUGUUCCAGCUCUUUUAAAUCGGACAUCAACUGAUCAACAGCAACAACAAAAACAGCAGCAAUAUGUGAGUUUUCAAACAUCACCAUCUCAUCAAGGAAGGUUAGUACAAGAAAAUGCUGGAAGAGAGGAGACAAGAGAAGUUGAUGAAACGGUCCUUCACAGUCUGAGUGUCAUGAGAAGCAAAUUACAAACUGAGCAGCAGAGACUGCAAGAACAACGGCGGAGAGAAAAGGAAGUACAUGAAAACUUUAAAAGAGAAGUGGAGAAAGGACAACGAACUUUACAGCAAAUUGAAACGAAGAAAGUAGAUCCUGAUGAGAUAUUUGGUAUUGCUCGUUCUAAAAGCAAGAAAGCAACAAAAGUCUACUUCAGUCCACAGAAAUUACAGUCAUUUACUGACCCACCAAUGUCACAGGACAUCUAUAACAAACAGUUCGUCGUUGGAGAUGAGCAAUCAUCAGUGAAGGCGGCAGCUGACUUUAACACACUCAAAUAUCAAGUUUCUGCUGACUCUCAGCAACCAUUUUGGCGCAAGUUUCCUCAACCUCCAACGUCUGGUGGACACUUGGAUGUACAGCAACAAGCACUCAUAAGGCAACAACGUGAUGAACUGGAUGCUCUUCAUUUGAAUGUAGAUCCAUCUGUCUCUUCUAACACUCUAGAUCGUCCAGUUAGUAAGAAAUCCAUGAAAUCUCUCCACGGUGAGAGCACAUUCAUUGCAAUCGAGGACAACACGUCAUCAUCUAGCAUACAAACAAUUAAAGAUGGAGAUGGCCGUCAGUUGAGUGCAAGAGCAAGAAGACGUUUAAGACAAGCAGCAGGCGACACUCAAUCAGUUAGUUCAGUGAGCAGUUUUGAUGUCGAACGAGUAGCAGCUCGUAAUGCAGAAAGACUACGACGAUUAGAACAAAUAACAAGAGACGCCUCAAAGGGCACAAAUACUGAUCAACCAGAAGAUGUGUUGGAUCGAUUUAUGAGACAGCACGGACUAGACGCUCACGUGAGGAGAUCAAGUGAAAUAUCAGAGAAAAGCCUUGAGGCAGAGACAUUGCUACAACCAACAAGCGACACGACAGUCACAUAAAUAAUUUAUUGACACACAAAAACAUGUGAUCUUUACUUUCUUGCUUAUUGCUGUAAGAGAAUAAAU